AUGUCACCGGAAGACACUGCACUCACUUAUGUGGAGGUAUAUCUGGUCUUCAAGAAUCAUUUCUUUUUUACGGUGACCGUGCUAUGUUGCUACGACUACAUCCUGACAUUGGACCGUGAAAUCAAAUUCAUAUGGAAGGCCGACCUCUCAUUUGCAACUUCACUUUACUACGCCUUCAGAUAUGCCGCGCUAUGCAAUACAAUCAUGUAUGUAUUGUUGAUGGACACCACGCUAUGGUUUGCCUUCCUCUGCGUCAUCAACGUCAUCGGCAUUGCAAAAGGUCGCAUGAUUGAGUUCGUCGAUAUCUGGCAGAUUUGGACGGGAAUUUUCAGUUCAAUGUUACUGUCUCGGCUAGUACUCGACCUCCGCGAAGCCGCUGCAGCCGGGAUCGAGAGCGAAGGGACGUUCUCUUAUGCACAGUGGGAUCUGGCUUUUGCUCCCGAAGAGGAGGGCUCAGUGGGUGAGCUCGACGACGUGGUGACCGAAGCUUCACAUAGAAUGGAAUCAUAG